UUUAUCUAUCCAGCACACAUCUAGGUGGACACGCCCACUUGUGAUGUCAGAAGUGGCAGAUUUUCCAAACGGCUUGUUAUGGCUAAUCACACUCACGUCAGUUGGUAUAAUAUGGGACCUUUAGAGGCUUCUUUGUCCCUUGAGGCGGCGUUGUCUAAGGUGGGUCUGUGUUGGCCUUUAAGACAGUUGUACCUAGAGUCUGUCUUUGUGAACAGAUGAGCUGACCCGGGCCCUCGCUAGCCAAUGAGAGACAAGCACUGAGGAUGAAGGGGUAAGGAGGAUAGAAGAGGCCAACCAGAGUGUGAGACAAGGCACAUUCAUCUGUACCGCACCCUUCAAACACUUAGGCCAGUCAGAGGGCUUUACAUCAGCAGGAAACACAUUUCAAAUACGUUUCAAGGACAGUCACUCUCAAUAAAAGACAAUCAUUUCCAGUAGUAAUAAAGCGCAUGUUGAAGCAGCAGUUAGCCUCAGACAAGGCUAACUGGCCACUACUUCCUUUGUGCUAAUCUGCUGCUAACUGGGGCAUGCUUGUCCCUGGUCCUCCAGGUGAAGACCAGAUAAUCCCAUUAACCGAUAUAGUAUCACACCAAGGCCACCAGAACCCGCUGGAACUACGUCGUGUCAGGACUGGAUAUGUACGCUCCGGACCGCCAGAAUAUCCUCUAAACACACAGACAGACAGGAUGUUCAACUGGGUGGUAAGAGUGGUGCCCAAGCCCCCUGAUGCCCAAGAGACCCAGGCAGAAGAAGCCCCCAAGACCCCCGCCCCACAACCCAAAGUUAGGGAAGUUAAGAGCCCACCAAUCAAGCCUCAACUAACAGAAGACCAGCUUUCUGAGGACAGUCAGGGUCAGAGCGGGGUCCUGGGCUGGCUGUCCAACGGCUUCUCCAGUGCUCUCCCCAAACCCAGCGGAACCCCCGGACUCAGGAGGGCCAACUCUGACGCCCGGCCUGGGGAUGAAGGAGAAAGGGCAGGUGUUAUGAGCUGGGUAACCCAGGGCCUCACUAACAUCCUCCCCCAGCCUGAUGAGAAAUACAGAGAGGCCCCCCUGAACCCCAACGAGGAGCAGACAGAGGUCCAUCCAUUACAGGAAAUGCCAGAUUACGACCCCUUGCCAGACAUCCCUGUGGUUGACGUGGUGUCAGACGACGAGAUGUCUGAGUCGGAGAAUCGGACCCCCCAGUUCGCCCCAAAAGUGGUGCAGUGGAUCAAACAGGCCAUCCCGCAGCCGGUCAUCCUACCCCCUGGCGCUGUGGCCAUAGAACCCAGGUCACCCAGGUCCGCCUGCUCCAACCGUUCUUCUCUGGACAAAGUUCUGUCUCCACCCCCUGAAUCCCUGAGUGGCAUCUCCCUGGACACAGACGGCAAGCCAGGGGGGAUGAUGGGUUGGUUCAUGUCAGGGUUUGCUCUCCGGUUGCCUCAACCCUCCAUUAGGAACAAGGAAGACAUCGCUGCUGCGACGGAGGCGCUGCAGAAAGCACCACCCAAACCCAGACCAGAGAUGGUUCUGGAGGACGUCGACUCGGACCACGAGGAACAGGUCCGAGGGGGGAACCCGCCGUCCCCGGACGGGACGCCGGAGACCCGACCGGCGGGGGGACAGGACGCCCAGACCGGACCGGUGGAACCCGGCCACAGUGACGCGGACGGAACGGGGACCGGCCAGGAGGACGCCGAGACCCAGACGGGCCGCUGGACCCCCUUCAUCAACAGCAUCAAGAGGGAGGCCGAGGACGUUGCCUUGGCAACCAUGGAGGAGCGGUUGCUGCAGGAGCGCGUGCUGAUGACCAGGAUGGCGGAGGACGUGGCGCGGCAGGCGGCUGAGAUGGCCGUCCGACAGAUGGCCUCCGAGGGGGGGUCCAUCAAACUGUCCCUGGGGAGCCAGGACCUGCUGGGGGAGCCUGAGCCCGAGUUGCAGGCGCUCGAAGGGGAGGAGGAAGAGGUGGAACAGAGUCUGCAUAAAACCCCAGAACCGCAGGAGUGUGACGGCGAGCAGGACCAAGAGGAGCCUGAAAUCCCAGAGGAGCUUGAAGACCCAGAGGAACCAGAGCCUGUGGGGUCGAAGCCUGUGGGACCCGAACCCGUGGAAACAGAGGAGGCUGCUGCUGAAGAAUCAGCGCCGGAGUCAGAAGAAGAGUCAGAGUCAGAGGAGGAGGAUUCACCCCAGCAGGACUCCUCUGGAACACAGGGUACCUCUGGACCAGAACCUGUUACAGAACAACCAACGACAGGAAAGGAAGGCGCUGACACCACUGCAGCCAAAGAUGAGGAAGCUGCUGGAGAGGGCAGCUGUGCGCCCGUCAGCUGUGAGGUCCUGAAGACCUAUCUGAUGAGCGUCCCGUACGUGUCCGACUGCCUGGGCAACCUCGGCGCCUUCCUCAAAGAGAACGGCGUCUCCCCCUCCAAGGUGGGCUCCGCGCCCGCCCAGCUGCUGUCCGACGUCACCAAGCGCCUGCCCUCCCUGCCCCCCGAGCUGCGCCAGGAGCUCUCCAGGAUCCGCCUCACCCGGGUGCCCCGCAACGUCAUCGAGACCCUCACGGAGCUCGUCCCCGCCGGCGGCCUGGCGCGCUACCUCGGCCUGACGGCGGCGUCGUUGCCGUCCGCGUCGGCGCUGUCCCAGAGCCUCGCCUCCGUCCCCCAGAAGGUGGCGGCCAUCCCCGCGCGGGCGCAGCAGUGCUACAACAACGUCCAGAGUCGCCUCAACAGCCUCAUGCCACAAGAUGCCUAAGAAACCGAACCAUCAGCAGCAGCAGAAGAACCCCCUCCUUAGCGAUAGCGAGCAGGACCUAGAGCUCAACCGGCUAGUGAGACCGACCCCCCUGCCCCCGCCCCUGCGCUCCCGCUCCCGCUCCCCCUCCCCGUCCCCCGUCUCCCCCGGCGGGAGCGCCCUGGACCUGCCCAACGUGCCUUCCUACCCCCGCCUGCCCCCCAUAGCGAGCCCCCCGUGCCAGCAGACCGGACCCCUCCCCCGCCAGCUGUCCGGCGUCUCGAACCCGGCCUUCUGCAUCGACGACGAGCGCGACGCCCCGGCCAGACACCCAGGGAGCUCCAGACUAAGCCUCCGUCCAGAGGUCAACGUCGAGGAUGUGGACUCGGACCAGGAGAGAGGAGCAGGGUGGGGGGGAGGAGGGCGUGGCCCCCGGAGCCCUCCCCAGAUAGUCCUAACCCCCCAGGACUCCAAGCUGAAGACCCUCGCGGUCCCCGUCACCCCUAAAGGAGGCCGCCAGAGGUGAGAGAGGGGGGGAGAC